AUGCAGUUUAACCCUCGACUUCUCUCUCUUUUCGGUCUCCUCUGCGCCGGUACUUCUUCGGCGUCGUACCUCGAUAUCUUCUACUCCGCAAAUUGUCAAGGAACUGUCGAGUUCUACCAGUCUCUGGGUCCCGACCACACAGGCUGCAUCCCUCAACAGGGUACCUCCCUUUUCCUGAGCACUACGGGCUUCCCGUGCAGCGCUCAACUCUGGUCGGAAGGAGGAUGUGGGGGCGCUGUGACUGGAUCAGUGAGUAAUAAUGCGAACGAGGCUAGCUGCAUCAACUUCGAGGGGAUUGCUGGAUCUGCAUAUAUCAGGUGUGGAAAAGUAGGACGGAGUCUGAACAAACCAGAGUGCCUGGCCUUGGUAAAUGAGCCUGCCAUCGUACCCACAGAGAUUGAACACGACUACUCUACCCAUCGUUGGCCAUGGGCUGGACCGGCUGACAUCAAGGGUAAAAAAGCCCAUUUGCCCGAUAAUCAAGCAAACCCGAGGCAUAUUCAGUAUGUGUCUGUACUCUAA